UUGAGAGGACAACAUGGCUCAGAGAGGAGCUCAGCUGGACCCACUGAAGUUCUCUUGUUCCAUCUGUCUGGAUCUCCUGAAGGAUCCGGUGACGGUUCCCUGUGGACACAGCUACUGCAGCAACUGUAUUAAAGGACACUGGGAUGUAGAGAAGAACAAGGGAAUCUACAGCUGCCCUCAGUGCCGGAAGACGUUCAGGAGGAAGCUGAAUCUGAAGAAGAACAUCCUGUUAGCAGAGUUAGUGGAGGAUCUGAAGAAGACUGAACUCCAAGUUGCUGCAAAGGAGAGGAGGCAGGAGCAGAAGGAGCUGGAGGGGAGUCGACUAAACAUUAAGAAGAGAAUCCAGGAGCGACAGAAAGAGGUGAAGUUGCUUCAGCAGCAGAUGGAGGCCAUCAAUGUCUCUGCUGAUGAAGCAGUGGAGAACAGCGAGGAGAGCUUCACCCAGAUGAUCAGUCUCAUCCAGAAGAGGAGUGGUGAGGUGACGCAGCAGCUCAGAUCCCAGCAGCAAACUGCAGUGAGUGAACUCAAAGAACUUCAGAAGAAGCUGGAGCAGGAGAUCACUGAUCUGAAGAGGAAAGACGUCCAGCUGGAGCAGCUGGCUCACACAGAGGACCACACCCAGUUUCUGCUCAGCUACCCCUCAGUGUCAGCACUCAGUGAGCCCACACACUCCUCCAGCAUCCAGACUGCUCCUCUCAGAUACUUUGAGGAUGUGGCAGCAGCUGUGUCAGAGAGCAGAGACAAACUACAGGACAUCCUGAGAGAGACUGAAGAGGAGCUGCUACUGCUACGCCCACAGCCAGAGACCAGAGCAGCCUUCCUACAAUACUCACAGCAGAUCACACUGGAUCUAAACUCAGUAAACAAAUAUCUGUUAUUAUCAAACAGAAGCAAAAAUGUUACUUUUACAGAGAAAGCUCAGUCUUAUCCUGAUCAUCCAGACAGAUUCACUGGAUGUUUUCAGGUUCUGAGUAGAGAGAGUCUGACUGGACGUUGUUACUGGGAGGUGGAGUGGAGAGGAACAGGAGUUAUUGUAUCAGUCGCACAUAAAAGCAUCAACAGAAGAGGAAGCUCCAACGAAUGUGUCUUUGGAUUAAAUGACAAAUCUUGGGCAUUGCGUUGUUACUCAAGCGGUUUUAAAUAUCUUCACAACAGCACACCCACUCCCGUCUCAGGUCCUCGGUCCUCCAGAGUGGGAGUGUACCUGGAUCCCACAGCAGGUAUUCUGUCUUUCUACAGCGUCUCUGAAACCAUGACUCUCCUCCACAGAGUCCAGACCGCCUUCACUCAGCCUCUAUAUGCUGGAUUGAGCCUUUAUUGUGAUGAAGGAACCUCUGCAAAGUUCCUCAACCCUCAGUAUGGACUUCUGUCGGAUCUCCUUGUGUAGCUUCCUAAAGGAGCCUCCAUAUUCUCUGAUCUGAGACAUUGAUGAGAUUUCUAACAGGACGAAGAUUUGAAACCAUCAGAUGGUCAGCCGUCUUCUCAGAGACUUUCUACAUGGACAAAAGGAUUUGAGACGAGCGUGGACAGACAGAAACAAGCUGAGUUAGUGGAGAAAAUCAUGGAGCUGCAGCCAUCAGUCUCCUCACUGAUUCCUCAACUGAUGCUUUUCUAAUAGUUGUUCUCAUUUUUAAAGCUGCUUCCACCUUCUGUAACUGGAUUUUCGUCUUCAUGGACCACAGGAAGCUGCAGCUUUACCAGCUUUAGGGGGACUUUUAACAAAGAUUUUGUACUUUUUAAAUGUUUGUAUUGACAAAUGUUUCGUUUUGAUGAUUCUUUUCUGUCCUGCAGAGUGAACCUUUGUGGAUUUUCUUUGUGAACAGUGAACUGAUUUUUUUAGAUCUUUUUCUGUCGCUAAGUCACAGUAAAUUUGAUUGUUUUUGGUAAAAAUGUGUCAUGAUGUACAUUCAGGGUUUGAAUUUUUCCUGAUUGAGUUUACACUUUGUAAAUACUGAUCUUGUCCAAAUUCUAA